AGGAGCCGCGGCUCGUGCGCCAUGCUUCCCUGUGUCACGGGCUCGCUCGGCGCCCUCGCUGCCCUCCUCCUGCUCGCAUGCCAGCUCGUCUGCCCGCAGCCCUCCACCGAACACAGAAAGGUCCCGCAGAGGCCCCCCGAGGACGACGAGGGCCUGGCGGGCGCCUGGGGCUCCUGGGGCCCCUGGUCGGCCUGCUCGCGCAGCUGCGGCGGCGGCGCCAUGGCGCAGACCCGGCCCUGCCUGCCCCGGGCCCGCGCGCCCCCGCCGCCGCCCGCGCCCCGCGCCUUCGCCGCCGGCCGCGUGGUGUCGGCCGUGCGCGCCUCGGUGCCGCUGCUCCGCAGCCCCGCCGCGCCCCGCGCGCACCGCGCCCGCCCCGGCCGCCCCGGGCCCGGGCCCCACGAGAGGAGGAGCAGGGCUCGGGGCCCCAUCGGGCCCGGCACCUACGGCUACGGCAGGGCGCCGUACAUCCUCCCGCUGCAGACCGACGCCGGCCACGGCCCGCAGAGGCUCCGGAGGCAGAGGCCCGACACCCGGCCCUCGGGGGCCCGGGGGGCGCCCGUGCCCAGGCCCAGCCGCAGCCCAGCGCCCCGCUGGCCCCCCCAGCACCAGCCAUGGGACCACGGUCAUAGCGGCCCUCGAUCCGCACCGCAGGCCUCCAGAGCCUCCAUCUUCCAGACGCCCGCCACGCACGACCAGGGCUUCUGGGCGGCUUCCAGUCUGUUCCGCGACCCGGGAUCCAGCAGCCACCACGGCGCGGGGGCCCACGAAGUGGCUCCCGGCUUCCCCCAGUCCCUGCGGCCCACCGCCAUCUCCUGCAUCGGGGCCCAUCGUCAGUACAAGCUGUGCAACACCAAUGAGUGCCCCGCCAACAGCCGGAACAUCCGGGAGGUGCAGUGCGCGUCCUACAACAACAAGCCGUUCCUGGGCAGGUUCUACGAGUGGGAGCCGUUCGCGGAAGGAAAGGGCAGCCGCAAGUGCGAGCUCAACUGCCAGGCCUCGGGCUACCGCUUCUACGUCCGGCAGGCGGAGAAGGUGAUCGACGGCACCCCGUGCGACCAGGACGGCGUGGCCAUCUGCGUGGCGGGCCAGUGCAAGAGCGUGGGCUGCGAUGACUACCUGGGCUCCCACAAGGUGGUGGACAAGUGCGGCGUGUGCGGGGGCGACAACACGGGCUGCCGGGUGGUCUCGGGCGUGUUCGACCACGCCCUCACCAGCCUGGGCUACCACCGCGUGCUGGAGAUCCCCCAGGGAGCUACGAAAAUCAACGUCACCGAGAUGCACAAGAGCAACAACUACCUGGAGCCAGAUUCCCGCCGCAGGUCACUGACGGACUCACCGGGCCAGGACGCAGAACGGCUAUGGAGUGUGAUUUGGGGAGCCUGUUCGUCAACCUUCGAGGUGAAGAAGAGCCCACUGGCCACUGGCGUGUCCACCCGCGUGCGUGUGAAAGCCACUCGGCAGAUGCACGCUGAGGCUGGGGAGUGCCCCGCCAACAGCCGGAACAUCCGGGAGGUGCAGUGCGCGUCCUACAACAACAAGCCGUUCCUGGGCAGGUUCUACGAGUGGGAGCCGUUCGCGGAAGGAAAGGGCAGCCGCAAGUGCGAGCUCAACUGCCAGGCCUCGGGCUACCGCUUCUACGUCCGGCAGGCGGAGAAGGUGAUCGACGGCACCCCGUGCGACCAGGACGGCGUGGCCAUCUGCGUGGCGGGCCAGUGCAAGAGCGUGGGCUGCGAUGACUACCUGGGCUCCCACAAGGUGGUGGACAAGUGCGGCGUGUGCGGGGGCGACAACACGGGCUGCCGGGUGGUCUCGGGCGUGUUCGACCACGCCCUCACCAGCCUGGGCUACCACCGCGUGCUGGAGAUCCCCCAGGGAGCUACGAAAAUCAACGUCACCGAGAUGCACAAGAGCAACAACUACCUGGCCCUGCGGAGUCGCUCUGGCCGCUCCAUCAUCAACGGGAACUGGGCGAUUGACCGGCCCGGGCGCUACGAGGGCGGAGGGACCAUGUUCACCUACAAGCGGCCCAACGAGAUCUCCAGCACGGCGGGCGAGUCCUUCCUGGCUGAAGGUCCCACGAACGAGAUCCUGGAUGUAUAUAUGAUACACCAGCAGCCCAACCCGGGCGUGCUCUACGAGUACGUGAUCAUGGGCAGCAACGCCCUCAGCCCUCGGGCGCCGCCUCCCAGGAGACCAGGGGAGCCCUUCCCGCCGGAGAUGGAAGGGAGGAGCCAGGAAGAUGGAGACGAGGAGGAGGAGGAGGGGGACGAGGAGCGGGAGGGCGCCACGCCGGACGCGUUCUCCUCCGAGUCCACGCAGCCCUUCCCCGCCAGGCGUCCGGACGGCGCGGCCAGGCGGAGCCGGGAUUACAACUGGAAGCAGCUGGGGACCACCGAGUGCUCCGCCACCUGCGGGAAAGGCUCGCAGUACCCUGUGUUCCGCUGCGUGCACAGAAACACGCACGAAGAAGCGCCCGAGAGCUACUGCGACCCCAGCAUGAAGCCCACCCCCGAGGAGGAGCCCUGCAGCCUCUCCCCCUGCCCCGCCUACUGGGACAUCGGGGAGUGGUCGGAGUGCAGCAAGACCUGCGGGCUGGGCCUGCAGCACCGGCAGGUGCUGUGCCGCCAGGUGUUCGCCAACCGCAGCCUCACGGUGCAGCCGCGCCGCUGCCAGCACCUGGAGAAGCCGGACACCAGCAGCACCUGCCAGCUCAAGAUCUGCAGCGAGUGGCAGAUCCGCACCGACUGGAGCUCGUGCUCCGUGCCCUGCGGCGUGGGGCAGAGGACGCGCGUGGUGAGGUGCGUGAGCAACCUCGGGGACGUGGUGGCCGACGAGGACUGCAACCUGAAGGUGCGGCCCGGCGACAUCGAGAACUGCGACGCGGGCCCCUGCGCCCGGAGCUGGUUCCUCACCGAGUGGAGCGAGCGGUGCUCGGCCGAGUGCGGGGCGGGCGUGCGCACGCGCUCCGUCCUCUGCCUGAGCAGCCACGCGAGCAGCCUGCCUCUGGAGGGCUGCGGGGACAGCCCGCCCGCCGAGACCGCGCCCUGCGACCGCGGGCCCUGCGUGGGCAAGCUGGAGUGGUUCGCGGGGAGCUGGAGUCAGUGCUCCGUGGAGUGCGGCAGCGGCGUCCAGCAGCGGGAGGUGAUCUGCGUGCGGAAGGACGAGGCCGCCUUCGCCGUGCUGGACCCCCACGCGUGCUCCUCCCUCGAGCGGCCGCCCCGACAGCAGCCCUGCCGCCGCCAGCCCUGCGGCGCCGCCUGGUUCAGCACCGAGUGGAGCGUGUGCUCCAAGACCUGCCAGGGCGGCUUCCGGGUGCGGGAGGCCCGCUGUCUGUCGGAGGACAGGACCCUCAGCGACCUCUGCGACCCCCACCUGAAGCCCGAGGAGCGCGAGGCCUGCAACCCCCAGGACUGCCUCCCGGAAGUGGACGCGAGCUGCCAGGACAAGUACUUCAACUGCCACGUGGUGGUGCAGGCGCGGCUGUGCAUCUACCAGUACUACCAGGGCGCCUGCUGCGCCUCCUGCACCCGCGGGGCCCGCCGGGCCGGCGCCCCGGGACGCAGGGCGGCGCCGGGCCCCGAGCGCGCCGCCGCCCCCGCCCUCUGA